UCAGAACGCGUAGAAGAAGAAGAGGUCAAAAUAUUGCUGCUGGGUGAAAAUCAUUGUUUAUCUGUUGAAAUGAGUAACAAAUCGUCGAAAGCAAAUAGUGCCGCCAGCAGCAUGCUGUAUGGCUCGAGCAUAUCAGCCGAAUCCAUAAAAGUAAUAGCCGAAAGCAUCGGCGUUGGCUCCCUAUCAGAUGACGCCUCCAAGGAGCUGGCCGAAGAUGUUUCCAUCAAACUGAAGCGCAUGGCACAAGAUGCCGCCAAAUUUAUGCACCAUGCCCGGCGGCAGAAGCUAUCCGUCCGGGACAUCGAUAUGUCGCUCAAGGUGCGCAACAUUGAGCCCCAGUAUGGAUUUGUCACGAAGGAUUUUAUACCAUUUCGCUUCGCGUCCGGCGGUGGACGUGAGCUGCACUUUACGGAGGAUAAGGAGAUCGAUUUGAGUGAGAUAACCGCAAAUAGCUCGGCUAAGAUACCACUUGAUCUGACGCUGCGCUCCCAUUGGUUCGUUGUCGAGGGCAUACAGCCGACGGUGCCGGAAAAUCCACCACCUCUCUCAAAGGACUCACAAUUUCUGGAUUCGGUGAAUCCUGUCAUUAAAAUGGAUCAGGGACUGAACAAAGAUGCCGCUGGCAAGCCGACUACAGGCAAAAUUCACAAGCUCAAGAACGUGGAAACGAUUCAUGUCAAGCAGCUGGCCACACACGAACUGUCCGUCGAACAGCAGCUCUACUACAAGGAGAUCACCGAAGCCUGCGUCGGAUCCGACGAGCCGCGACGUGCCGAAGCGCUACAAUCGCUCGGCUCUGAUCCCGGCCUGCACGAAAUGCUGCCCCGCAUGUGCACAUUCAUUGCCGAGGGCGUCAAAGUGAACGUUGUUCAAAAUAAUCUGGCGCUGCUGAUCUACUUGAUGCGGAUGGUGCGCGCCCUGCUCGACAAUCCAUCGUUGUUCCUAGAGAAAUACCUGCACGAGCUGAUACCCUCUGUGAUGACCUGCAUUGUGUCCAAGCAGCUUUGUAUGCGCCCCGAACUGGACAAUCAUUGGGCUCUGCGUGAUUUUGCCUCCCGCCUUAUGGCCCAGAUUUGUAAGACAUUCAACACGCUCACAAAUAAUCUGCAAACGCGUGUCACACGCAUCUUUAGUAAGGCUCUCCAAAAUGAUAAGACGCAUUUGUCAUCGCUUUAUGGAUCCGUUGCGGGCCUCUCCGAGCUGGGCGGUGAGGUGAUUAAAGUAUUCAUCAUACCACGUCUCAAAUUCAUCUCGGAACGCAUCGAGCCGCAUCUGUUGGGCACCUCGAUGAGCAACACAGAUAAAACAGCUGCUGGACAUAUACGAGCAAUGCUCCAGAAAUGCUGCCCGCCCAUAUUGAAGCAAAUGCGCAGCUCACCGGACAUUGCCGAGGAGUAUAAAAUGGAUUUUGGCUUUCUUGGUCCCUCGCUGUGUCAGGCUGUGGUCAAGGUGCGCAAUUCUCCUGCCAGCAGCACCGUAACGCUAUCCUCCACUACCAUCAAUACGGCGCCCAUAACCAGCGCUGCUCAAACGGCCACAACAAUCGGACGCGUCUCGAUGCCCAGCUCACAAAGACAGGGCAGCCCUGUGGUCUCCACUCUGCCACAAAUACGCGCCAUCCAGGGUAAUCAGCCGCCGCAGAAAUUUGUGAUUGUUGCACAGAACUCGCCGCAGCAGGCGCAGGCGAAGGUGGUGCGCCGUGGCAGUUCACCGCACAGUGUGGUGAUGUCCUCAUCGUCGGCUAAUGGAGCGAAUGCAUCAAAUUCGAAUUCAUCAUCAACGGGCAGUGCGGCGAACAGUUUGCUGACCGCGCGCAGCAGUGAUAAUAGCAUUGUGGAUGUCAAUUCGUUGAUCAUUGAAACGGAAUUGGUGCGCUCACCGCCCGGCCUGGAUGAUUUAUCGCAUCUGGAGUAGCCUUCUCCACACACACACACACACACACACAACUUCUACACCCCCAUGCCCCUCCCCACCACUUAGUUAUUUAAGUUCAAAAGCCAGUUUAUACAAUAACAACAACAUGCAAUAAACAUGCAUUAAACAACAAAAAGCAACCCCCAAAACAUUCUACUACUUACGCCCCCCUUUCCUGCUCCCCAUUACCCAUUACCCAUUGCUCAGCUCAGCACGCAUGUGCGGGGAAGUGCGCCAG